UCCGUAACCAUAGACAUAAGACAUAAAUUUAAGCUGAAGAACCAAUCAGGAUAUUGCUUUAUCAUUGCGUACUCUAGAAGAAGAUAGAACUGACGGUAAAACAGACCCCUCGAUUUGCUAUCUCCAAUUUGCCAUCAGUCAUAAGCCGCGCGCAACGUGAAUCGAUGUGAGUCGAUUCGCGCAGUACAUCGCAAGUUUGAGGUUAGAUCCGCGGCUCGACGUAAGAUACAUGAGUUAUUGAUUGAUUGUUCGUGGCAUUUAACACGGUCUACGUACAAGGAACACCGCGAGAGCAAACUGUCCCUCUCAUCGUCUCGCUGAUGUGACAAUGGUGAGUGACAGGCCGGCGUGUCGUCAUAGGUUAAGGUCUCGGCGGAUCUUCCUCGGUCGUGUGAUCGUCGUGCCGCCAGUGUACAACAGCAGCAGCAACGUUUCACGGCACUGAACGAGCGGCAAAAAUGAGCCGGCUAUGGAGCUACUUGGUGUUCCAAGCGUGGAUGUCCUAUCUGAUGGCGGCCGGACUCCUGGUUUUCACCAGCGGCUUCCUGCUGAACCGCGUCUCCAGGCCGGAGCGCGCCGAGUGCACGAGCUGUACGCCGGACGUCGGCUGUGACACGUCCGAGCUCCUCCACAACACCAAUCACGCCGCUGAGGUGUGUCUGGGUCGCAAGGCGCGGGUCGUGCUGCUGAUCGUCGACGCGCUCAAGUACGAGUUCGCCGAGUGGCACGAUGACGACGCCUCCAUGUCCAGCUAUCACCGCAACAAGCUGCCCGUGAUUCACGAGCUGCUGCAGAAGCAGCCGUCGCGCUCACGCCUCUUCAGGUUCCUAGCCGACCCACCUACGACGACCAUGCAACGCCUCAAAGGCCUGACCACCGGCUCGUUGCCUACGUUCAUCGAAGUGGGCUCGAACUUCGCGUCCGGCUACAUCAACGAGGACAACCUGAUCGAGCAGAACGCCGCGGGCGGCAUCGUCUUCAUGGGCGACGACACUUGGACCAGCCUAUUCCCAGGGAAGUUCCUCAGGCAGUUCCCCUCGCCGUCCUUCAACGUCUGGGACUUGGACAGCGUGGACAAGAAUGUGCAAUAUCGUAUCUUCUUUGAGAUGAAGAAAAAGGACUGGUCAUUGCUGAUAGCCCAUACUCUGGGGGUCGACCAUUGCGGCCACAAGCACGGCAUGCAGCACCCAGAGAUGUCCAGGAAGCUGAAGGACACCAACAAGCUCAUCACAGAGAUUGUGGGGUCCCUGGAGGAGGACAUGAUGCUUUUUGUCAUCGGAGAUCACGGAAUGACUGAGACAGGGGACCACGGCGGUGACAGUCCUAGCGAGGUCGAAGCCGCGAUGUUCGUCUACUCGACGAGCCCGUUGCUCGAGGGCUUCGCGAUCAACGGCAGCGAUAGUGUGAACCAGGUCGACCUGGUGCCCACCUUGUCGUCGAUCCUCGGCACGCCGAUUCCUUUCUCCAACUUGGGCUCCGUGAUACUCGACUGCUUGCCGAACCUAGCAACGGCGGAGACGACCGUGGCUCGUCUGCUGCACCCGUUGCAGUCACUCUGGAGGAACGUGGCGCAGACGAAGAAGUAUAUCGAGAUUUACUCCGCGGACGCGAACCUCUUCUCCAAGGAGCAACUGCAGAAUCUCGAGCGCGUGUACGCCUUGCUCGCGGAGCGCGUGAAACACGUAGACAGCCUACAGGAUCUGGAAGCGUUCGUCCACGACACUAGGGACUAUUUCAAGUUGCUGAAGGACACCUGCUCCGAGGUGUGGGUUCAGUUCGACUCCGGUUUGAUCUCCAAGGGCCUGCUGCUCAUGUUCUGCUCCUUAUUUUUCUUCUACCUCUUCGUCACCGGCAUCCCCGAGAGCCGUAUGUGCGACAUCUUCAAAUCUUCGUUCCUGCAAUGCGCGGUGAUCGCGAACCUCGUUACGGUGGCGGUCACCACGUGCCUCUUCCUACUGGACAUGUUGGAGGAGCUGAGAAACACGACCUUCUUCGUCACUGGCGCGGUCUCCAUCGGUUUUCUCGUGCUGGUGAUCGCUCAAAAUUGGGACGUGAUCUCAAUGUGCUGGUAUGAACAUCGUAGAAUUAAACUGUUGACCUACGUGUCCAGGAUAAUGUUGCUGCUGACGGUGUGCGGCCUUUUCUCCAAUAGCUACAUAGUCGAAGAGGACAAGGUGUUGUCCUUCUUCAUAAUCACACUCCUUUGCCUGCUGGUGUUUGAUCUGAGGAGGAGCGAUUCCGACAGCGGUGUCGAGAGGAGAACCAGCCGAUUCGCCGGCACAAAGCCGUCCAGACCGAAUUUCCGGGCGAUCGUGCUGAGCAUCGGCCUGGUGGCGUGCGUCUCGGUGAGAUUGUCGCACUACUUCUGGCGUUGCCGUGAGGAACACCUGCAACGGGCCUGCUCCGUCUCCGCGACCGGCAAACUCGACUGGUCGACGGUGUCGAAUCACUGGGAGCGCGUUUUACCCGCCGUAGUCAUCCUGGCACUGUAUGUGACGGUGGUGAAGCUCUGGCUGCGAGAUCGCGGGAACCUCACGGGCUUCGCCCCCAGCGUCAUGGUGGGCCAAUACUGCUCGGUCCUUAUCGGCGUCUGCAUCAGCUGCUACUGGGUUCUGCAGCAGCUGCCCAAGUUCUACAAGGUGAAGUUCGUGUUGUCCUGGCAGGUGAAGACCUUGCCGAACGUGGUGUACUUGCUCUGCGUGCUGGCGAUCCUCAUCCUCUACUACCGUCCGCUCAGUAUCUACAUACUGCCGAAGAAGCGGGAGUCCAUCGAGGUGUACCGCGAGGAGAAUCUGGUGCCGCGCUUGUUCGAGAAGAUCAAGGACUCGAUUUCCCGCAAGCGUAUAGAUACAGACGACACUCCAGUCAUCUGCGGCAUCGGCACCACCUACAGUGCUGCGUUCAUCUCUCUCAGCGUGUUCCUUACGCUCCUGUACUCGUUGCUAUUGGGAGACUCUCUAUCGCCCAGCACGUUCCUGCUGUUCGUCACUUGUACCUGCGUAUUGGGUUUGUCCACGAUCGAGAGAUACAAAAAUGCUAACACUAUCUCCGAACUCCUUGACGUUUCUAUGCCCGUGCUGUUUUGCUGGUUUUUAUUGGCGGAAUAUUUCUUCUACGGAACCGGCCAUCAGGCGACGUUUCCCACUAUCCAUUGGCAUGCCGCCUUCGUGGGAACCGGCGGCCACUUUUAUGGACAUCUAAUGUCGGCGAUUUUGAUCGGCAUCAACACGUUCGGAUCGCAUAUUAUUUUGGGAGCAACAUUGCCGCUAUUGGUGAUCGUGCCGUUCACCCUGCAUUUGGUGUUUCCAAAGUUCCUCAAGGCCAAGUUUCUCGAGGACGACAUGAAGAGAGGUGAACUGCUCUUCCUCUUGUCUGAGCAAGACUCCGCCUUUCAAGCCGCGAUAUUCUCAGUUGCCGGGAAAUACGUGUUGCUUCACGGCAUCCGGACCUUCGGCAGUAUGUUAGCGGCGACCAUACACUGUCGGCACCUGAUGGUCUGGAAGAUCUUCGCGCCGAAACUGAUAUUCGAGGGACUGGGAUUCCUGGUGACGUUGUGCAGCGUGCUCGCGUCCUUUUAUCUGGUCUUUCGCAUCGAGCAACAAAUGGAAUACGUCAUUACGAGGAUUACAAAAGGCAGAUGAUAGUGACUCACUGUCGUCGACGGUGUUAUAGUACAAUCAGAUAGCAAAGUACCAAAGUCGUAAGUCGACACACCUCACUUUUGCCGGCAAUCCGCAAGUGGCUCGUUACUUAUACGCGCGAAUUAUACGCGGGAUCGCGUUCCAGGCGAUCAGAAAUCCGAGGUAUUAUAUAUAUACAUAUAGUGCGAUCAACACACAAGUAUCAAUACUUACCGCGAUACUGCCAAUAUUUCCACAAUUUUGUAUGAAAGUACGACGGCUGCGAGAAGCGAAGUAGAAGGAGAAAAAGUGAGUGAUGGGGGGGGGGGGGGGGGCGGGGAAUAAAGUCAGAGAGAGAUAUAUACCUAGCGUAAAAAUGAUAAACGACGUUUUUCGUACCGAAGUACAGGAACUUUCAGUCUCUCCACUUCUUGCUCGAGAUAUUAACUAGUUCACCUCUCCUAUAAUACUAUAACGUCGCGUAACCGACUGUGAUGCUUCCUAACACACUAACGCUACCCUGCGUGCAAUGCAUUGCUGAUUGUAGAACGGACAAAGCAACGCACUUGAUGCAGGAUUGCGUCCGUGUGCCGCAGUGUCUGCACGACUGAUGGUGCGCAUCGGUGUGUGCGGCUGACACUUUUAGAGUGCGACAUUAGAAUAAGCUAUUAGUUACUGUUAGUGUCCACCUUUCAUAUCCUUCGUAUUUCUUAGGGGGAGUGUCAUGUACUGCGACCGGUGAGGAACGAACUAUGUACAAUAAAUCCGGCAUUUUAGACCAAUUCUUCGUACACACAUACACAUACGCGCGCGCAUAUAGAUCUGUCGUAUCGUACAUCUCGAUUCUUCGGUAUUCGGAUACCUGCGGGCGAUUUGAAGUUGCACCAUUUUCUUUACCUUCGUUCUCUGUUGCCAAGUAUAUUUUUAUUGGUAAUAACGACCGUCCUCGUACACACACACGUUUGUUUUUACACGUUUGGAACAAUAAUUGGCAUUUGUAAGAAUAUUUCCCGUCGGGAUCCAAUCACGUGAGAAUGUUAAUAACGGGAGAAAAGAGAGAUAGUCCUGCUGGCUGAGUGGCCUAAUGGUGGUUAUGAUGGUGCCUAUGAUUCUCUUGAUCCUGAUACGCGUUCUUGUGAUACUGCAUCCAGUCAAGCCACUUGUCGUUUAAGUUUCCGUAAGCGUUAGGCCCCUGCGACAGAUGAACACGCCCGCGAUAUUCAUGAAUUUAGACAUUCGCACCGUGUACUUAAGUGUAAUUAAUACUUUGAGAGUCAGGCGAUUUAGGCAUUUGUAUCUGAAAGCAGAUGAAGUUAUCACACAUUUUACGUAGCUGCGUACGGUAUCUAUCUCCUCAAUUAGGCGAGGCGUCCGGCAAUAAUAAUGCAAUUUCCCGUUCCUCGUUUCGAAUGUAGGCAUUUCUUUUCUUUUGUACAUAGGCUUCCAAGGUAUCGUGACGCGUGAUGUAUCGCAACGCAAAGUUGUUUCUAGAUUACUAUCGAGUGAUUACGUCAACAUUUUGUUGUUGCGUUUUGAAAUUUUACUCCCACGGUUAGUUUGUGAAUCGAGAUAGACUAACAUGUGCACGGACCAGAGGUGGAUUUUACAGAGCGUGUCGAAUCGUUUCCAACGCGUUUUAUCUUAUAUCGGUCUGAGGAGAUUUCUGUACAUUUUAUAUAAAUAUCACGAUAUUCGUAGAUAUAAAGGGAUGAAGAGAGGAUGUGAAGCGACGAUGUUAUUGUUAUAUAAUGGCAUUAUUACUGAAAUAAUAUUAUUAUAUGAUAAGAAUGUUAAUGAUUAUUUAAUACUCGAGAACUUCGCAAACGAUGUAAGCCGGUUAAUAGACACUAUCCAAUCUGAUUUUAUAUAUUGGAAUUGAUUCUUCUGCGAAGAUACGUUGCAAUUUCUACCAUCGCGAGUUUUGACAAAAUGGCGCAAAUGCAAUUCUAGAGAACUUCUCUAAAAAGUCUUCUCUUGAAAGUUGUUUUUGAGACGCGAAUAGCUCGCACGUCAACGGCUCAUACAUUGUUCUCGGUGUAUUAAUGAAAGCAG